UCUUCCGGGUCGGUUAUCCGGAAGUGAAGGAGCUCACACUUCACACGCCGCCGCGCGGCACUAGUCUGGAGAACCUGGUGGCACGCUACGGCAGCAGACGGACGGACGGCCGAUCGAAGAGCAGCGACGUGAGGGGGCAGCCUUUCUCGACUUGGCCGCCGCACGGGCAAAAGACGCAUGAAAUAAGAUGAGAGCAGGCGAGGCCCUCCGGCCACAGCAGACCAGCGCACGGGGGCAAGCAGGCUAACCCGCCCGCCCAUGGCUUGUCAGUCUGCCGCCGCCGCCGCCGCCAUGGACGAGCAGGCCCUGCUGGGGCUCAACCCCAAUGCUGACGCGCCCUACCGCCAGAGGGCUCUGGCGUACUUUGAGCAGCUCAAGGAGUCGCACGACGCCUGGGAGGUGUGUGCGCAGGCCCUCGCUAAAGGGCUCUACAGCGAUGACCACGUCAAGUUCUUUUGCUUCCAAGUUUUGGAGUAUCAGGUGAAGUUCAGACACGGCGGGCUGAGCGGCGGCCAGCGCCAGCUCAUCCGAGAGACGCUGAUGAAGUGGCUGCAACGUCAGCUGCUGAGCGCGCAGCCCGAGAAGAUCUUUGUGCGCAACAAAGCGGCGCAGGUGUUGGCGCUGACUUUUGUGGCCGAGUACCCGGCGCUGUGGCCCGACUUCUUCUUUGACAUCCUGGCGCUGGUGGGCCUGGAUCCCCGCGGCGUCGACAUCUACCUGCGCACGCUCAUGGCCGUCGACGGCGAGGUGGUCGACAGGGACGUCCUGCACGCGCCCGAGGAGACUCGGCGGAACACGUUGAUCAAGGACGCCAUGCGGGAGCAGUGCAUCCCCAACCUGGUGGAGUCCUGGUUCCAGAUCCUGCACACGUACCAGCGCAGCCACCCUGAGCUGACCUGCCAGUGCCUGGAAGUGGUGGGUGCCUACGUCUCCUGGAUCGACCUGGGCCUCAUCGCCAACCAACGGUUCGUGGACCUGCUGCUGAGCCACAUGUCGGUGGAGGAGCUGCGCGAGGAGGCCUGCGACUGCCUCCUGGAGAUCGUCAACAAGGGCAUGGACCCCGCCGACAAAACCAAGCUGGUGGAGUCGCUGGCGCAAGUGCUGCAGUCGGCCGGCUUCUUCUGCGUGGAGCAGGAGGAGGAGGACGUGGACUUCCUGGCCAAGUUCUCGCGUCUGGUCAACGGGAUGGGCCAGAGUCUGGUCCUGAGCUGGAGCAAGCUGGCCAAGGCGGGCAGCGCCGAUGAGGCCGGCGCCGCGCUGCGGGCCCUGGAGGCCAAGGUGGCGCUGGUGCUGCGCCUCCUGGCGCACCCCGACGACGACAUCUCCGCCAACGUGGUGGCCUUCUGCUACGAGUACCUGCAAGUCCUCAAGCAGCUGCCCGAGCUCAGCCACGGUCAGAAGAGCAACAUGGAGGCCAUCAUGCUGGCCGUGGUCAAGAAGUUGACGUAUGACGACGAGUACAACUUUGACAACGAGGGCGAGGACGAGGCCAUGUUUGUGGAGUACAGGAAACAGCUGAAGAUGCUCCUGGACCGCCUGGCCCAGGUGUCCCCCGAGCUGGUCCUGGACUCCGUUGGCCGUGUCUUUGCCGACACCAUGGGCAAGUGGCAGAGCGCCUCCUUCAAGGAGGUGGAGGUGGCCAUCCGGCUGCUGUACAUGCUGGGAGAGGCUCUGCCCGCCUCGCACGGGGCACACUUCUCGGGAGACGCCGUCAAGAGCGGAGCGCUGCAGGACAUGAUGGCCACGUUGGUCACGUGCGGCGUGAGCGACUACGGGCACACGUCGGUGACCCUGGAAUUCUUCGAGACGGUCGUCCGAUACGACAAAUUCUUCACGGUGGAGCCCCAGCACAUUCCUGGCGUCUUGAUGGCUUUUCUGGACCAGCGAGGACUGAGACACAACAGUCCCAAAGUCCGCAGUCGAGUAGCCUACCUUUUCUCGCGUUUCGUCAAAACACUCCACAAACACAUGACCUCGUUCAUCGAGGACAUCUUGACCCGGAUCCAGGACCUCCUGGAGCUGGCUCCUCCCGACAAGACCUUCCCGGCGCCGCUGACCAGCGACGACCAGCUCUUCAUCUUCGAGGCGGCGGGCGUGCUGAUCGUGAGCAGCGAGAGUCCGGCGGAGAGGAAGCGGGCGCUGAUGCGCAGCCUGCUGGCGCCGCUCGUGGACGCCUUCCGGUUGCUGCUGGACAAGCUCUCCCUGGAGACGGACGAGGAGACGCAGGCGGCCGUCGCCGACUGCCUCAGCCACGCCGUCGGCUUCGUCAGUCGCACCAGCAAGGCCUUCAGCAACAAGCAGACGGUGAAGCAGUGCGGCUGCACCGAAGUCUACCGGGACUGCCUGCACGCCUUCCUGCCGGCGCUGAGCUGCCCCGUCCAGCGGGAGGCGCUGCGCAGCUGCGUGCGCUCCUUCCUGCACCGCAUGAUCAUCUGCAUGGAGGAGGAGGUGCUGCCCUUCGUCCCCGCCGCCUCCGAGCACAUGCUCAAGGACUGCGAGGCCAAAGACCUGCAGGAGUUCAUCCCGCUCAUCAGCCAGAUCACCACCAAGUUCAAACGGCAGGUGUCCCCCUUUCUCCAGCAGGUCUUCAUGCCGCUAGUGCUGGCCAUCUUCGAGGCGCUGGGGCGGCCCGCCGACGCCAACGACCAGGCGGCCGCCCUGGAGAAGCAGAUGCUGCGCAGGAGCUACUUCUCCUUCGUCCACACGGUCGCCGGCAGCGGCAUGAGCGAGGUUCUGGCCAACCAGGGUGCGGAGAACGUCGAGCGGGUACUCUUCACUCUCAUCCAGGGAGCCGUGGACUUCCCUGACCCCAUCGCGCAGAAGACCUGCUUCGCCGUGCUCGCCAGGCUGGUGGAGCUCUGGGGGGGCAAGGCGGGCAUGACGGGCUUCCGGGACUUCACCUACAAACACAUUGUUCCCGCCUGCUUCUUGGCUCCUCUCAAGCCAACCUUUGACCUGUCAGACGCGCAGACCGUGCUGACCUUGGCCGAGGUCGCCGUGACGCUGAAGAUGGUCUUCGUCCAGCAGGGUCCUGAACUGUUGGAGUUCUUGCAGCGAGACUACCUCCCGUCGCUUCACGUUUGUCCGGACGUGGCGCAGGAGCUUUGUCACGUCCUGCAGCAGCCUGACGUCAAAGUCCUCAAGACCUACUUGAAGAUGUUCUUCCAGCGAAGCGGGCAGUAGCGGGCCGCCGGAGGAGUCGCCCUCCUGGACGCCGAGCGGGCGCUUUGCAGUUUGGUUUUCAUUGACCCCCCCCCAAAAGAGCUGACGCGUUUCUUUGUAUUUUUAUUUAAAGUGUCGUUGAAGCAGAUACGGUUCGGGCGCGUCGGCUCCGAGGAUGAAGCAGGGGCUGUAAAUAAGAUAAGAGGAACCGCUUUGUUUUCAUUUUUUGCGCUGAGUAAUCAGCUCCUUUCUGUUAGCACAAAUAGUAAAAAAAAAAAAAAAAUCGAAUCGCA